AUGGCAGAUAGCAACAAGCCUCUCGUUCUCGUCCUCGGCGCGACCGGAUUCACCGGGCAGAGCAUCACCGAAGGGCUCCUCAAGUCUGGAGGAUUCCGCAUCGCUGCGCUCGUUCGUCCGACAUCCGUAUCCAAGCCGCAGACGGAGACCCUCCGUACGUCCGGCGUCGAGAUUCGGCUGGGAGACAUCAAAGACACCCCUGAGAAGCUCCGGGAAACACUCGCGGGCGUCGAUAUCCUGAUCAGCGCGGCCAGCGCGUACAUCCAGGAGGAUAUCUUUCGCGCCGCGAAAGAAGUCGGCGUGCAGCGCGUCGUCCCAUGCGACUGGGCGACGCCCGGCGCAAAGGGCAUCCGCACCCUCCACGACAAGAAACUCGCGGUCCGCGAAUUCGUGCAGGAGCUCGGCCUCCCGUACACGUUUAUCGACGUCGGGUGGUGGAUGCAGAUAUCGCUCCCACUGCCCGCCCGCAGCACCACGUACAUGAAGGCCAAGACGUAUGAAGUGUUCGGGGAUGGCAGCGAUCGGUUUCUCGUGACGGACCUGCGGCACAUCGGCGCGUACGUCGCGCACAUUAUCGCGGAUCCGCGCACGCUCAACCACGCGGUCAUAAUCUGGGAGGACGAGCCGACGCAGCUAGAAGCGCACGAGAUUGGCCAGCGACUCUCCGGGGAGGGCGAGAGUCUCAAGGCGCAGAGAAAAUUUGUCACAGCAGACGAAGCCCUGCAAAGGACCACUGAGGGCAAGGCGAAGCUCGCACGUGGCGAGGGCACCCCCGAGGUUGCGCUUCAGGUGUCCUGGAACCUGUACAAGUACAGCAUUCACAUCCUUGGCGAGAACACGCUGGAGAACGCGAAGCGGCUGGGGUACCUCGAUGUCCGGGAGCUAUAUCCUGACCUCCCUCGGUACACCCUCAAGGACUUCGCGAAGGAGUUCUAUUCAUGGGAGCACCCGGGGGCGGCCUUCGAUAGGUUUGGUUAA